UGGGAGGUGGAGCAGAAGGGCAAGAAACCGCAAACAGAAGACAACACAGGCGGGGUCCACUCUUGGCUGCAAGCGGAGCGCGUCCCCAGGGCGCACAGGUCGCUGCGCUCUGCCGGGCGCGGGACGCAGGGUUCUGCGCGCUGGGCUGGGCUUCCCAGCUCAAACCCAAGCAAGCAUGGCGGGGCAGCGGGCGCUUCUGCUAGCUGGCUUCCUUCUACCUGGGUUCCUGCUCUCAGAGGCCGCCAAAAUUCUAACUCUGUCUUUGGUGGAAGCCAUCAUCUGCUGCUGGACCAGGUGUCUCAGAUUCUUCAAGAUCAUGGUCAUAAUGUCACCAUGCUUCACCAGAGAGGAAAUUCACUUAUAUCAGAUUUUAAAGAGAAGGAAAAAUCAUACCAAGUUAUUUCUUGGCUUCCACCCGAAGAUUAUAACAAAGGAUUAAAGGAAAAUUUUGAUUUUUUUAUGGAAGAAGCUUUGGGUGACAGAUUCACAUUUGGAAAAUUUUUAAGCUUUAUGGAACUACUGGGGCUUCAGUGCAGUCAUUUUCUAAGGAGAAAGGAUAUCAUGGACACCUUAAAGAAUGAGAACUUUGACCUAGUGAUAGUUGAAAAUUUUGACUACUGUCCUUUCCUGGUUGCUGAGAAGCUUGGAAAACCAUUUGUGUCCAUUCUUUCUUCCUCGUUUGGUGCUAUAGAUAUUGGGCUACCAAACCCCCUGUCUUAUGUUCCAGUAUUCCAUUCCUUCCUAAGUGACCACAUGGACUUCUGGGGUCGAGUGAAGAAUUUUCUGAUGUUCUUUGAUUUUUCCAUAAGACAAUGGCAAAUCCAGUCUACAUAUGACAACACCAUCAAGGAACAUUUCCCAGAAGGCUCUAGGCCAGUUUUGUGUCAUCUUCUAAAGAAAGCAGAGCUAUGGUUUGUUAACUCUGAUUUUGCCCUUGAAUUUGCUCGGCCCCUGCUUCCCAACACUGUGUAUGUUGGUGGUUUAAUGGCGAGACCUGUUAAAGCAGUACCACAGGAAUUUGAGAAUUUCAUCAACAAGUUUGGAGAUUCUGGUUUUAUCCUUGUGGCCCUGGGCUCCAUGGUGAGCAACUUUCAAGUGGAUCUUCUCAAGGAGAUGAACAGUGCCUUUGCUCGUCUCUCUCAAGGAGUUAUAUGGAAAUAUAAGCCAUCUCAUUGGCCCAAAGACAUCAGAUUGUCAUCAAAUGUGAAAAUUGUGAACUGGCUUCCUCAGAAUGAUCUCCUGGCUCAUCCACGCAUCCGUCUCUUUGUCACGCAUGGUGGGAUGAAUAGCAUAAUGGAGGCCAUCCAACAUGGUGUGCCUGUGGUGGGGAUUCCUCUUUUUGGAGACCAGCCUGAAAACCUGAAUCAUGUCGAAGCCAAAAAGUUUGGUGUCUCUAUCCAGCUGAAGCAGAUCAAGGCAGAGACAUUGGCUCUGAAGAUGAAGCAAGUCAUAGAAGACAAGAGGUACAAGUCAGCAGCUGUGGCUGCCAGCAUCAUCAGGCGCUCCCACCCCCUGACCCCCGCCCAGAGGCUGGUGGGGUGGAUAGACCACAUCCUCCAGACAGGGGGUGCCGCGCACCUCAAGGCCCAUGGCCUGCAGCAGCCGUGGCAUGAGCAGUACCUGCUGGACGUCUUCUUGUUCCUGCUGGUGGUCACCCUGGGCACCCUGUGGCUCUGUGGGAAGCUGUUGGGCAUGGUGGUUAGGUGGUUGUGUGGGGCCAGGAAGCUGAAGAAGGCUUGAUGGAGGUGCUGCCUUGAUGGGUGUUUGGAGAGCCACUGGUUAUAGGAGGCUUUCCCCAGCACAGGGCACCCCUGGUGUCUUCCCCAUACUGGCACUUUAAGGUGGCACACUAUUUUCUGCCUCUUUUUAGAAAUUCUUGUGAAGCACUCUUGAGGGUCUUUCAAAAAAAUUGUGGUAAAAUAUGCAUCACAUGAAAUUGACCAUUUUAGCCAUUUGGUAUAGAGUUUAGUGGCAUUAAGUACAUUCAUAUUGUGGUUUAAACAGUACUACUAUCCAUCUCUGAACUUUUCAUCUUCCCAAACUGAAAUUGCACUGAUUAAAUAAUAACUCCCAAUACUACCCUAUGCCCCCACCCUGACUCUUUACAAAUCCCUGUUCUACCUUCUGUGUCUAUGAGUCUCAGGCUUCUUAAUUUACCCCUCAUCAGUGGACUCCUCACUGAGACUCAAACUUUUGGCAGACAGUCCCCAGCUUCCUCUUCACUCCCUGCUCCUAGACACAAUGCCCUGCCUAGUCAUUCUUUUGUUCCCUGAAAGGGAGAUAUAUGCGAAACUAACUUCAAAGGCCAAAGAAGCCAUGGCACUGAAGUAAAAGGCAAACAGGUCCAGCUUGAUAAGAAAUGGUUUAUUAGGAACAAUUAUUAUAUGAACAGAAGCCUGUCUUGGGCUGCCACAAGAUGAGUAGGUCUCCACAACACCAUCUCCAGUUAGGCCUGCUUUUAUGGCUCUGAAGACUGGGCAGUACCUGCUGGGAGCUACCAGGAGGAGUCAUAUCCUGAGCAAAUCAAGGAAGCUUUGCCUGGAGGGUGUACUUAAGGGUGUGUUAAACAAAAGAAAAGAAUGGAGGAAGGGGCUGUACUCAAGAAGGUUUUAGGCCACAGAGCAGUUAUUGUGGUGGAAUUUCUCAAGAUGGCCUUAGUCUGGUUCAUAUACUUUCUGUCUCAGAAACUUUUCAGUCUCUCUCCUUCUUUCUACAUUUUUCACUUUUCAUGAUAUGAUAUAAGAUAUUGGCCAGUUUUUCCAUUUUGGCUUUUUCUCUUGCAUCUCCUUUUCACCUCACCUCCAAGCUCAGGAAUCCUG